CUCGGCCAGGCCCCACCCCGAAGCAGUGGAGCUGCAGCGCCGGAGUCUGCCCAUCUUCCAGGCGCGGGGGCAGCUGUUGGCCCAGCUCCGAAACCUGGACAGCGCCGUCCUCAUCGGUUGGCUACACAGUACGUUUUGAUGAUGUCACCUCAGAAGACACCAGGAUCAAGUUUCUAACAGAUGGCAUGCUUCUGCGUGAAGCAAUUUCAGACUCUCUGCUUCGGAAGUACAGUUGUGUUAUUUUGGAUGAAGCCCAUGAACGGACCAUCCACACAGAUGUGCUCUUUGGAGUGGUGAAAGCUGCACAGAAGAGGCGAAAGGAACUGGGGAAGCUGCCUCUCAAAGUGAUAGUGAUGUCAGCUACGAUGGAUGUGGACCUAUUCUCUCAGUAUUUCAAUGGUGCCCCUGUCCUCUACCUGGAGGGCCGGCAGCAUCCAAUCCAGGUUUUUUAUACCAAACAGCCUCAGCAAGAUUACCUACAUGCAGCUCUUGUCUCAGUCUUCCAGAUCCACCAGGAAGCCCCUUCUUCUCAGGACAUCCUGGUGUUCCUCACUGGUCAAGAGGAGAUCGAAGCAAUGAGCAAGACCUGCCGAGACAUUGCAAAGCACCUUCCAGACGGCUGCCCCUCGAUGUUGGUCCUUCCCCUGUAUGCCUCCCUGCCCUAUGCACAGCAGCUCCGCGUCUUCCAAGGGGCUCCAAAGGGCUAUCGCAAAGUGAUCAUUUCAACCAACAUCGCUGAAACCUCCAUAACCAUUACAGGAAUAAAAUAUGUAGUUGACACGGGCAUGGUUAAAGCAAAGAAGUAUAACCCUGACAGUGGUCUUGAGGUGUUAGCAGUACAGCGAGUGUCAAAGACACAGGCCUGGCAGCGCACAGGAAGGGCUGGCAGAGAGGAUAGUGGCAUCUGUUACCGGCUCUACACUGAGGAGGAAUUCGAGAAGUUUGAUAAGAUGACUGUGCCAGAGAUCCAGAGAUGUAACCUGGCCAGUGUGAUACUUCAGCUUCUAGCAAUGAAAGUCCCAAAUGUGCUCACCUUUGACUUCAUGUCCAAACCAUCUCCAGAUCACAUUCAGGCGGCCAUUGCCCAACUGGACCUGUUAGGUGCUCUUGAACAUAAGGAUGACCAGCUUACCCUGACUCCAAUUGGAAGAAAGAUGGCAGCAUUUCCUUUAGAACCCAAAUUUGCCAAAACCAUCCUCCUGUCCCCCAAAUUCCACUGCACAGAAGAGAUCCUGACCAUUGUCUCCUUGCUGUCUGUGGACAGUGUCCUCCACAACCCUCCUUCCCGGCGAGAUGAAGUGCAGGGAGUACGGAAGAAGUUCAUAUCCAGUGAGGGGGAUCACAUUACCCUGCUCAAUAUCUACCGAACCUUCAAAAACAUAGGUGGAAAUAAGGACUGGUGCAAAGAGAAUUUUGUUAACAGCAAGAAUAUGAUGCUGGUAGCUGAAGUCAGAGCACAGCUGAGGGACAUCUGCUUAAAGAUGUCGAUGCCAAUCACGUCAUCCCGAGGAGACACGGAGAGCAUCCGCCGCUGCCUGGCUCACAGUCUUUUCAUGAGCACUGCCGAGCUUCAGCCAGACGGUACCUAUGUCACCACGGAUACCCACCAGCCAGUGGCCAUUCACCCCUCGUCUGUCCUCUUCCACUGCAAGCCAGCUUGCGUCGUGUACACUGAGCUGCUUUACACCAACAAGCGCUACAUGCGGGAUCUCUGCGUGGUAGACGCCGAGUGGCUAUACGAGGCUGCCCCCGAGUACUUCAGGAGGAAACUGAGAACCGCCAGGAACUGAGCCACUCCAGGGUGCUGCCAGGAUUGCAGGGACUGGGAGCUUGGACCACAGCUGUCCUUGUAGCUGAAUGUGUCCAGCUUCCAGGAGCUUAAAAAUGUCUUUGUCUAAACUCCUGGGCCUGAACCAUGUAGAUGUGUACAUAUCAUUUAUACCUUGGAAACUUCACAAUUGUGCUUCUGGUUCUUGCUGGGUGUCUUUGGUGAGUAACUUCUGAGCUUCAGUUUCCUCAUCUACUAAAUGAGGGUAAUAAUAAUUCUUACAUGAUUGGGGUCAUGGAGUUUAGAGAUAAGCAGAAAGUACCCAGAGCUAUGCCUGGUGCACGAUAGACAUACAACGAGCUGUGAGUCAUUAUGCCUAAUGUUACUGCUUUCUACAGGAUGUGAGUCAAGUACAACAUCAUCUAAGUUCUUGUGACUGAGAAGGAUUUUCUGGAAGGAGGCCUUAGGAGUCUGCAGAGCUUGCAUGUUGUUCCUUGGUUCUGUUUUAAUGUCUAUCUGUAUGAAGCUUUAAAGCAAAAAACAUAAGCAACUGACUUCUGUAGAAGUUUCCAGAGGGAGGUGCUGUUGUCUUUUACCUCUUGGGAUGACCAUCCCUACUGAUCCUUCAUGUCUCAGGGGGUGGACUGCUCUAUGUCUGUCUCCAAGCAGAGGCUAGUAAAGGAGUAUCUUGGUCCUCCCCACCUUUGUGGUGUGUGUCCCCAUCAGUGCUUUCAGGAGACAGGUAAGUUUCCUGGAUGAAAGUUGAUUUGUACCUUUUGAAUCAUGUCAAGUGCAGACAUGGAAAACUGACCUUUUACUGUUGAGUGUGUGUAUGUCACUCCCACAUCCCCAGUUGACAUUUUUCUCUUUGAUUAGGCACCUGUGAGCGUGUGAGCAUGAGGAAUGACUCCGUGCUCCACGUCAGCUGUUUCUUUUUAGGCAGGGCCCCUGGUUAGAGCUGUGGGGUAUGGACGGUAGGGGAGGGUACAUGGUAGGUGAGUACCCAGAGAGCAUCAGCCCAUCCCAGCCACCACAUCUGGUCUCUCAUAUUCUUGUAUUUUACUGACUUUCUGUGAUCUCUCUUCCUUCUUCAUAGGGACUUGAGACAAUCUGGCUUUGCUGCUGUCAGGCAUCCCUCUCUAACCCUCAUUGUCUACAUUUGUCAGAGGGAAUAGAGGAUCUCCACAGUCUUUUCCUGUUCUGAUAUUUUGAGAAAGGAAAAAGACUUUAAUGGUUCUUUUUUAGCUACUUAAUUAUCAAAAGCAAAUAAUCUUUCCCCAGAGGAUGUUUGGAUGAAGCCAAGAUCUAGCUCUUUAUCAUUGUGCUUAAUUGGUUCAAAUACAUCU